UACCUCCACUGACCAGCAGCUUUGCGUUCUGCAAAUGUAUUUCAUACACUGCACACUCAGCCUUAGUAUCAAAUCAACCACACGAGGAAAUACUGGGCGACAUUCUUUUCCCAAAGCCUACCGAUCCUAUUUUGGAAACCGUCAGAUUUCUGCUGGGUAAAGCCCCAUUUCGUUGGUGUUUAUAAUCUAAAUUGAACGGAGGAAUUAUAUUCAACUGGAAAGACGCAGACUGCAGCUGUUGCUGUAGGCAGAGUUGCGUCUUCUUCUGGCUCUCCCGCCAUCCGACGCUUCUUUCACCAGGUGUUGCAUUCAUCCACCAACCCCGAAAUGAUGAUGGGGGAGGGGCGCGUUGCGCGUAGGGUCUCCAGCUCUCGACGUUGAUCUAUUCUCAUCAGAGCCUCUCAAUGUGAUGCCAAAUCAUUCAGGCGACGCGUCUGGUAAUGUUGAAGAUUACGGAAAUCCUGGACUAUAUUCAUUCCACUCUUCAGCUGACUGGGCACGCGAGACCAUUACCUUAAUGUAAGGAAAAACAAAAUAUGCUUCAAGAUUUCGGUUUCAUUCCAUGAAACACUCAUUGUUAAACGAAUGGAAAAACCAGGAGCAGGACAUGCUGCGUUAGAGACGCAUGAGGCAAGCACACUUGUAUACCUGUCAACAAUAUUACAGCAUUAUCUAUAUUCUGUGUCCUCUCAUAUGCAAACAUGAGUGCACAGGUGUGUUAAACUAGCUUUUUUUGGGAUGUGAAUACUGUUCAUUUUGCAGAUGUUAUAAUGGUGUGGACCGUUGGCACAUGGUGGCAGGCACUGUAGUUUCUGACACCUUGCCUAAUUCAUUAUGCAUGUGCGAUUGAGCUGCAUUGACAGUGAUGAAAAUUAUCUUUAUUCAAGAGACCACUUCUUGAAUUUUUACGUGACUGCUGGGUGCGUGACAAUGACCAACAAGUGCACUUUUUCAAUUCAGCUCGACACACCCCAAGGAAACCAUGCCAGCUCGAUUCGAUGUGCACAAGACAUGUCCCCAGAUUCGCUGAGCUUGGCUAACAUCUAGAAAGCAGAUCACCAACCACGUUGAAAACAAUGGAAUUGUCUGAAGUUCGAUGUUCCAGUGCAAGCGAAGAACUCUACACCAUCAACAGGACGCCAACCAGCAACAGCAGCACGCGACCCAAAAGGUUGUUGUGGCAGAACGCGGUUCGACACAUCACUGAGCAAAGGUUCAUCCAUGAGCAGAGCGAAGCGAAAGGCAUCACACCAGAUGAGCACUACGACCAAAGCCUACGGAAACAGUCUGCGGGUAGAACCUCGGUAGGCGACAGACACAACAAUGGGGGAACCAAAGUCUUCCCUGAGCGUGCGAGCAGUGACCUAGGAUUUCUCCAAAUCGAUUGCGCUCCGAGCAACUCAGACUUUUUCUUGAACUGGGGCUACACAUACAGAGGCGUAAUAUUCCCCACUCUACGUAAUUCUUUCAAAUCUCGGGACCUCGAGUGUCUGUACCAACGCUACUUUUUGGGCCAGCGGCGCAAAUCGGUGGUGGUGAUGAACAUUUUGGAUGUGGUGACCAAACUAACCCUGUUGGUUUUACAUUUAACUCUUGCGUCUUCGCCAAUGGAUCCCAUCAAAGGAAUGCUCUUGGGCUUUUUUACUGGCAUCGAAGUGGUCAUUUGUGCCUUAGUGGUAGUCCGAAAAGACAUGACCUCUCACAGCUAUCUGCAAUACAGCGGCGUGGUGACGUGGGUGGUCAUGGCCACGCAGAUUUUGGCGGCUGGAUUGGGCUACGGACUCUUGGGCGAUGGAGUCGGAUACGUGCUUUUCACCCUCUUUGCCACUUACAGUAUGCUUCCCUUGCCUCUCACUUGGGCUAUUCUGGCUGGUUUGGCCACCUCAACACUCCACAUUGUUGUACAGCUAUUCAUCUCCCCAAAUGCACAGCUCUCCACAAAUCAGGUGGUGGCCCAGGCAGUGUUGUUCAUGUGUAUGAACACGGCUGGGAUCUUUAUCAGCUACCUGUCGGACCGUGCCCAGCGCCAGGCCUUCCUGGAGACCAGGAGGUGCAUCGAGGCCAGGCUCCGUCUGGAGACAGAGAACCAGAGACAGGAAAGGCUGGUGUUGUCCGUUUUACCCCGGUUUGUGGUAUUGGAGAUGAUCAACGACAUGACAAAUGUGGAUGACGAGCACCUCCAGCACCAGUUUCACAGAAUCUAUAUCCAUCGCUAUGAGAAUGUCAGCAUUCUUUUCGCAGACGUUAAAGGAUUCACGAACCUCUCGACGACGCUAUCGGCACAAGAGCUGGUGCGAAUGUUGAACGAGCUCUUUGCACGCUUCGACCGUCUUGCCCAUGAGCACCAUUGUCUGAGGAUUAAGAUUUUAGGAGACUGCUACUACUGUGUGUCCGGUCUUCCUGAACCUCGACAGGACCACGCUCAUUGCUGUGUAGAGAUGGGCCUCAGCAUGAUUAAGACAAUCAGAUAUGUAAGAUCACGCACAAAGCAUGACAUCGACAUGCGAAUCGGGAUCCAUUCGGGAUCGGUCCUGUGUGGGGUGCUGGGACUGAGAAAGUGGCAGUUUGACGUGUGGUCGUGGGACGUGGACAUCGCCAACAAGCUGGAGUCAGGGGGGAUCCCUGGACGAAUCCACAUCUCCAAGGCGUCCCUGGACUGCCUGAAUGGUGACUACGAGGUAGAGGAGGGCCAUGGCAAGGACCGCAACGAAUUCUUGCGCCGCCACAACAUCGAGACGUACCUGAUCAAGCAGCCCGAAGAGAGCCUGCUCACGCUGCCCGAGGACAUCAUGAAGGAGGCGACCAGCACCGACCGAAGAGUCAGCAGCGCCACCUUCAACCAGGGCUCCUGGAGUCCCGAGAUGCCCUUCGACAACAUCGUGGGCAAGCAGAAUUAUUCCCAAAUGAGGGACGAAGUGUUCAAGUCCAACCUGGUGUGCGCCUUCAUCGUGCUCAUCUUCAUCACGGCCAUUCAGAGCCUGCUGCCUUCUGCCAGGAUGGUUACCAUGGUGAUCCAGUUUUCCGUGCUCAUCGUCCUGCACUCAUUCCUAGUCCUGGUGACCACGGCGGAGGACUACAAGUGUCUGCCGUUGGUCCUGCGAAAGUCCUGCUGCUGGAUCAAUGAGACCUACAUGGCCCGCAACGUCAUCGUCUUUGUCUCCAUCCUCAUCAACUUCCUGGCGGCCAUGAUCAACAUUCUGUGGUGUGAUUUUGACAAGUCCAGCACCUUCAGCAACCAGACCUUCAACACAUCCACCCCCAUCCCUGACAUCUGCUUCUACCCUGAGUAUUUUGUGUUCACGGGGGUGCUCGCCAUGGUGACGUGCGCGGUGUUCCUGCGACUGAACUCGGUCCUAAAGCUCGCUGUGCUCCUGGUCAUGAUUGCUAUCUACUCCCUACUCACUGAAGCCUUCUACACCUCCCUGUUUUUACGCUACGACUAUGUCCACCACAACACAGAAAACUUCCUUGGGACUAAAGAGACCUCGUUGCUUCUGAUGGCUAUGUUCCUCCUUGCUGUAUUUUACCACGGGCAGCAGCUGGAAUACACUGCCCGGCUGGAUUUCCUCUGGCGUGUCCAGGCCAAGGAGGAGAUCAACGAGAUGAAGGAGCUCCGGGAACACAACGAGAACAUGCUCCGGAAUAUUCUGCCAAGUCACGUUGCCCGCCAUUUCCUGGAGAAGGAUCGGGAUAAUGAGGAGCUUUACUCCCAGUCUUACGAUGCUGUGGGUGUGAUGUUCGCCUCCAUCCCGGGCUUUGCCGACUUCUACUCCCAAACAGAGAUGAACAACCAAGGAGUGGAGUGUCUGCGCCUCCUCAACGAGAUCAUUGCCGACUUUGACGAGCUGCUUGGUGAGGAACGUUUCCAGGACAUUGAGAAGAUUAAGACUAUCGGCAGCACAUACAUGGCAGUCUCCGGACUGUCACCAGAAAAACAACAAUGUGAGGACAAGUGGGGUCAUCUGUGUGAGCUGGCCGACUUUGCCAUCGCCCUGAAUGAGAGCAUCCAAGAGAUCAACAAGCACUCCUUCAACAACUUUGAGCUAAGAAUUGGCAUGGCACAUGGCUCGGUGGUGGCGGGUGUGAUAGGCGCCAAGAAGCCCCAGUACGACAUCUGGGGCAAAACAGUGAACCUGUCGAGCCGCAUGGACAGCACAGGCGUGAGUGGCAAGAUCCAGGUGCCUGAGGACACCUACCUGAUCCUGAAGGAGCGAGGCUUCGCCUUUGAGUACCGUGGCGAGAUCUACGUGAAGGGCAUCAGCGAGCAGGAGGGCAAGAUCCGCACACACUUCCUGAUGGGCCGUGUGCAGCCCAACCCGCUCAUCAUGCAGCCGCGCAAGCUCCAGGGCCAGUACUCGCUGGCAGCCGUGGUGCUGGGCCUGGUCCAGUCACUCAACCGACAAAAGCAGAAGCAGAUCCUGAACGAGAACAACAACUCGGGCAUCAUGAAGGGCCAUCACCACUACAACAGGAGGACGUUGCUGGCCCCUGGGGGGGCAGAGGUUGGCCAUGCCGAAGUGGCAGAUAAGACUGAGUUGCCCUGA